UCAUGGCCGAACGGAACGCGCCAGUACCAGUGUCGAACUCGAAACUCGAAAGCCUCUCCAAUGGCAAGGCGGGUCCAUCUUCUUCCCAAGUUCCUCGUCACUACCCAAAUCAAACUCAGAUACCCCAUCUCAGUCCCUCUCUCUCGGUGUGUCUGCUCGGCCUCUGCCCCUGAAAAUACUACCGAGACCACCCUAACAGAGAAUCAGAACCCUACUACUACCACCCUUCAAGACCAACAGAGCCAUGAACAAGUUCGAAAGCUCCGAAUCCUUCUCCAACAGGACCGUACGGAUACUGCCGAGAAGGUCAUCAAGUCCCUCCUUCUCUCCAAAGUUCCUUUCUCUUCGCCCUCCGAUCUUUUUACUCUCUUUGCUCUCUCUUCGCCCUCCAUGAAAACCACUUUCUCGGACAUACUCUUGGCAGUUUGCUCAGAGUCCAAAAUGGCAACCGAAGCCAUAGAGUUGUACAGAUUAAUGAAAAAAGACGGUACGUUUCCUUCUUUGGCUUCUUUCAAUCUGUUGCUUGAAUCAUCGGUGGCUUCGAAACAGUUUCAGAUGACGUUGGAUUUGUUUUCGGAGGUAGUAGGGUUGGGUAUUCGACCUAAUAGGUCCACGUAUGGCAAGGUAGUUCUUGCGGCGGUGAAGUUGGGGGAUCUGAGUAGGGCCCUUGAGUUGCUUGAUAGUAUGAAAAAGAGCAGGGUUAGUCCUAACGUGUUUGUUUACAAUGUAGUGCUUGGUGGUUUGUGUAAAGAGAGGAGAAUGAGGGAUGCGGAAAAGUUGUUUGAUGAAAUGCUGAAGAGGAAUUUGGUGCCGAGUUUGAUUACGUAUAAUACGCUGAUUGAUGGAUAUUGUAAGAUGGGAGAAUUGGAGGCUGCUUUUGGUUUGAGACACAGGAUGAAGGCGGAGAAUGUAGAGCCCAGUCAAGUUACAUUCAAUUCAUUGCUCAGUGGGCUUUGUCGGGCACGGAGAAUGGAUGAUGCAAAGAAGGUAUUGGAAGAAAUGGAGUCCCUUGGAUUUGCGCCCGAUAGCUUUACCUAUAGCAUUCUUUUUUAUGGGCAUUCUAGGCAUGGCGAUGGUGAGGCUUCAUUGGCUUUGUAUGAAGAAGCAAUUGGCAAAGGGGUGAAGUUUAAUAACUAUACUUCUAGCAUUUUGUUGAACGGAUUGUGCAAAGAAGGGAAGAUGGAGAAGGCAGAGGAGGUGUUGGAAAAACUAAGGGAUAAUGGACUUGUUCCGGAUGAGGUAAUAUAUAACACAAUUGUGCAUGGAUAUUGUCAGAAGGGUGAUGUGGACAGAGCCAUUUUGGUGCUUGAAGAUAUGGAAAAUCAUGGGUUGAAGAUGAACUGCAUUACUUUUAAUACUUUGAUAGACAAGUUUUGUGCAAUGAGGGAGAUGGAUAAGGCGGAGGAGUGGGUAAAGAAGAUGGUAGAGAAGGGUGUUUCCCCAAAUGUUCAGACAUAUAACACCCUUAUUGAUGGCUAUGGGCGGGAGUGCUUGUUCGAUAGGUGUUUCCAGAUUCUUGAAGAAAUAGAAAAUAAAGGGAUGAAACCAAAUGUUGUCAGCUAUGGUUCUCUCAUAAAUUGUCUAUGCAAGGAUGGUAAGCUUCUCGAAGCUGAAAUAAUUCUCAGGGAUAUGGUAGGAAGGGGGGUUUUACCAAACACACAAAUUUAUAAUAUGCUCAUUGAUGGUAGUUGUACAGCGGGGAAACUGAAAGAUGCGUUUAGGUUUUUUGAUGAGAUGGUGCAAAAUGGGAUAGGGGCAACACUUGUAACCUACAAUGCGCUCAUUAAUGGCCUCUGCAAAAAGGGAAGGGCGAUAGAAGCUGAGAAUUUGGUUCCCCAAAUCACAAGUUGCGGUUACAGUCCGGAUGUAAUCACAUACAACUCCCUAAUCUCAGGGUAUUCCAAUACAAAAAACACCCAGAAAUGGCUCAGCUUGUAUGAUAAUAUGAAGAAAUUGGGCAUUAAACCUACUUUAAAAACAUAUCAUCUUCUACUUAGUGCAUGUGAGGAAGAUAAGGUGCUUUUAGAGAGGUUGUUUGACGAAAUGUUACAGAUGGGGUUGGCUCCUGAUCUACUUGUAUAUAAUGCAACUAUCCGGUGUUAUGCAAAACAGGGUGAUGUUCAGAAGGCUUUUGCUUUGCACCGUGAGAUGAUAGACCAGGGUAUUCAUGCUGACAAGAUGACCUAUAAUAGCUUGAUUCUGGGGCAUUUUAGAGAGGGAAAGUUGUCAGGGGUGAAGGAUCUGGUUAAUGAUAUGAAGGCUAAAGGAUUGGUCCCUAAAGCCGAUACUUUUAACAUACUUGUUAAGGGGCAUUGCGAGCAGAAGGAUUUCAGUGGGGCAUAUGAUUGGUACAGAGAAAUGGCCAAUAAUGGUUUCCUCCUUAGUACCUGUACAUGCAUCGAGCUCACUGCUGGCCUUCGUCAGGAGGGGAGGUUGCAAGAGGCCCAUAUUGUCUGCUCCGAGAUGAAAGUUAAACUACCGGAAGAUUGGAGCAGUAACGAAGAUCUUUCUGCUGUUGCCAAAAUUUAGAGGGAUGUUCGGUGUGGUUAAGCUCUCAACACGACAAUCUAUCAACAGGGAGAGAGAUUAUAUUUGCAUAUUUCUUAUGGCUUAUUGCUUUCUUUGUCGAGCCAAGAAGGGCUUGGCCGACUUCACAAAGGAAGUAGGUUAGUUGCAAAAGAAGAUGGCGUAUUCCAGCGUUGUAAGGAUUUGGUAGAGCUAUGUAUUGUGAUGAAUAAGCUUCCAAACUUGAAAAUAUUGCUCUCCAGACAAGGCCACAGGUAUUCUAUUUGUAUAGAAUUUGAAGCACUUCAUAUAUUAUAUGAUUUCUGGUCAAUUUCACAAAA